AAGUUGCAGGCAGCAUGCAGGCACCGUCUACACAACUUCCCGUGUUCAAACGUCGAGCACACUCUUUGCAAUGAAGGGGGAGAUAUGCUUCAAUGCGCAGCAUCCGGGAUGAAAGCUGGCACAAGUGAGAUGGAUGACCCACAUCUCAGGCGUGCACAUGCUCUUAUGCUUUCAUUCUUGUAGAGUGCAGACAGCACCAUCACCACAGACACUGAUUCACAUACGAGGUCUCUGCGCCGCGAGUCAACAGGCCUGUACGACGAGGCGUGGAACGUACGACGCACCGUGCUCGCACUCCCGGCACUUACAGGAAAUUCGACGCUUUCGACGGGGUUGACUACGAGGGGCCGCAAUGCGGCUGCCGCUGAAGUGGUUGCGAGGCCUCGCCCGCACCAAGACUCUAGACCACGAGGGCCUGGUGACAACGGAGCUGUCGAGGUGCCUAGGCGUGGCCGACCUAACGGCGAUCGGUGUAGGUGGCACCUUGGGGGCGGGUAUCUACGUGCUGGCUGGGGAAGUGGCGAGAGAGGAGGCGGGACCAGCCAUUGUGCUAUCGUUUCUGAUAGCAGCAGUGGUGUCAAUGCUGUCAGGUUUGUGUUAUGCUGAGUUUGGGGCCCGCGUACCCAAGGCAGGCUCCGCCUACAUCUACUCCUACGUCACCGUCGGGGAGUUCCUGGCCUUCGUAAUUGGCUGGAGCAUGAUCAUGGAUAACAUCAUCGCCGCGGCAACGGUCGGUAAGGCGUGGUCUCAGUACCUGGACUCCAUAGUCAACGGGACCAUCAGCACCUCCAUCAAGACGCACAUGGGCAGCUUCGACUCCCCCUGGUUCGGAGACUACCCAGACGUCCUGGCCUUCGCGCUGCUGAUCGUGUUGACCUUCAUCGUGGCCGUGGGCGCCAAAAUGUCCACCGUGGUCAUGAUGGCGUUGACGGGAGUCAAUCUCCUGGUCAUCUUGUUCGUCAUCGUGGCUGGCGCCUUCUACGUGGAGGGAGAGAAUUGGACCGGCAAGGGCUUCUUCCCCUACGGUGCCUCAGGGGUGUUUGCUGGAGCCGCCACCUGUUUCUACGCCUAUGUUGGGUUUGACGCCAUCGCGACGUCUGGAGAGGAGGCCAAGAAUCCCAGCCGUGCCAUUCCCAUAGCGAUCACACUCACACUCCUGAUCUGCAUGGUGUGCUAUAUCAGCGUGUCUGCCAUCUUGACCCUGAUGAUGCCCUAUGAUCUCCUGUCCCCUUUCGCUCCAUUGGCCGAGGUGUUCCAGCAACGAGGAAUGCCAGCCGGUCGGUACAUUGUGGCGAUUGGGUCCCUGCUGGGCCUGUCCUCCGCCAUGCUGGGCUCCAUCUUCCCGCUACCGAGGAUUAUCUACGCCAUGGCCAAGGACGGCCUGCUAUUCAGGUUCCUGGCCCGCGUCAACGCCAAGACGGACGUGCCCGUUCUCGCUGCGAUAGUGUCUGGUAUCGUGACCUCCGUCAUGGCCCUGAUAUUCAACCUGGAGCAGCUCGUGGAGAUGAUGUCCAUAGGUACCUUGCUAUCCUACAGUCUGGUAGCCGCCAGCGUGCUGCUGCUGAGGUACCACCCGAAGACGGUCGGUCUGAGCAAAGACGAGGUGAAGGAGAUUACCAAGUUGUCGAAGAAGGGUGCGACCGAGGAGUCUAUAUCACUUGUGGAGAAAUCCGUGGGAAAGUACAUCAAAUACACAGAUGCUGCUGCUCCUGACGACAGCGUAAUCGCCCCAGACGACCCUUCAGCCGGUAAGCCCGACGAACCCUCAACCAGAUCGGGAUACAACGUGCUCCAAAAUGGGGCCAGGGAUCUGGGCGAGGCCGAGAAGAGAAAGUCCAAGGCGCCUCCAACGCUCAAGACUUAUAUGGUUGUGGCGAUAGCCUUCGCCAUCUUGGUGGUCCUAUUUUGUAGCCUGAGCGCCCUCUUGGCCUUCGGUCUGGACAGUAUAUCCCGCAUUGAGUGGUGGUCGAUCACCCUCCUCUGCCUGUUCCUUGCUGCCAUUGUGUGCCUGGCCGUUGUUAUAGAAACCCAGCCUCAGAAUCAAAUGGAGCUCUACUUCAAGACGCCCUUCGUGCCCUUCCUUCCAUUGGUAGCUCUUUUGUGCAACACCUACCUGAUGUUUAAGCUGUCUGGUGCAACGUGGGUUCGUCUAGUCGUUUGGCUUGUUGUAGGACUCAGCAUUUACUUUGCAUACGGAAUACGCCACAGCGUUGAGAAUGAGAAAAGGAAAGAAGAAGCGCCCUCUACGACCAUGUCCGAAGACGCAAAUGAUGAGGGCGCCGUUGUCGACAGUCAGGCAGAUGAACCGGCCAAAGAACAGUAGUGUAGUUUAAUUAACAUGAUUGGUGUAGGCGUGAAAAUGUCUAUAACUUACAGGCUCAUUGCAUAUUUAACCUUUGUUUCAAUAACAGACUAGCUGCAAGCUUUCAAACAGAAAAUAAUUGUUAUUAGCAAAAAUUAGGACAGAAAAACUACUCCAGCUGUUAGAAGAAAUCCGCUGAAUUCGUUUGCUUGACUGUGUUUUAAGACGUGAACCAUUUCCAAUCUCUGUGUGACGCUACUAUAGUUUGCAUGAGAUUAACACUCUCGUGAAUUAUGACCUGGAAUUUACAACAGAGGAAAAAUGUAAAGACGGGAUAUUGUUUUUGUCAGAAAAAAUCUUAUCACACUUAAAACUGUAUCUCUCUCUUGAAAAAAAAAUUGCAGAUAGCAAAAAAUAAUGCCAAGUGGAAAAUGACUUUGAAUGUCUUGUUUAAUUCGAGACUAAACAGUGCGUUCUAGAACAUUGAAAGUUUGAGCCCAGUACAAAAAUCAACAUGCGGGUGACUCUAAAGGACAUGCUGCUUUUAGCCCAUGACUAGUGUCACGAGGACUGCCUUCAAUAGGGAAUGACUUCAUCAGUAAUCCCUUCAAAAUUAAGCAUUUAGUAUGCCGUACCACACGCAACUCCUCAAAUGUCAAGUUGAGUAGGGUGGGUGCAGGAGUCAGUGGAUCAAUAACAGACCAUUAGUGGAUGUCUGCGUCUCGUCUGAUUAUGCGUAAAGGUAUUGAUGUGAUAUUUUUGUCUCUUGCUGUGGUUAGGCCUACAUGUCGUACUUUGGUAGCUUACAGUGUGCAAAGAUUGUACUGGUGCGAUCUUUGUCCGAUCACGGUACUGCUCACGCGUCGAGCCACGCACCGGGUGUUGCUGAUUGUGAGCAGAAUGAGCACGCUGAAAGUAAAGAUUCCAUCAGCCUUCCAGACGCCAGUAAAUUCUCAUGCCGGAUUUGGCUGUUGUUUGUCGUUUGGAAUGAAAUAUCCUUCAGUGUGCAACAGUGUGUUACUAUAAAGACAUGCUGAUAAAGUAUUGUCGUGAUUCGAGUUAAAAGGAGUUUGCUUCUAAUUCGAACGAUUCAAACGACAGCACGUUACCAAGAGUUAUUAGGGAGGCCUGGCUGCACGUUCUACGUGCUCUUUUCAAGCAAACGUGAGUAAAUGAUUCAAUUUUUAAAGGUGUAGUUUUGUGGCAUUACAGAAUGUUUACGGUAUGAAAACUCUUGGUGGCGCAGUGUGUUAAAAAUUCUAGUGUGGUUUUAGCUUGUAGAAAAAUCUGCUCUUCGUUCUGAGAAUAUCAGCGUUUAAUCGUACUUAUAGUGGCUGUACAUAAAGGUAUAAAUGGUGACAUCAGAAGAUGGGAUAUAUUUAUGUAAGUAUUACUGUGUUUCAUUGAGAAAGUGAUAUAUUUUUAUUGUUUGAAACCUGUGUGUGUGUGUGUGUAACGGCUUUUCUGUCAACAUGUUACUUUAGUCCAAAACGGGAAGGAUAAAAAAAUAUGUCAAGUGUUACAUUGAGCUCGUACGUUUUAAGAAUGUAUAACUACUACCAGUCAUUCAUUUAAAGAAAUAAAACAGUCGUUGUACGUGGGAAUGA